AUGGGUAAUUUGACAGAUAAAUGGGUAUCAGGAGCAAGAUUUCCCAAGAAACCUGGGGGACCACUCUUGUCCCUUGAGACACGUCACUCGGUCGACUCACCGUCGACGUCAACGCCCACGAGUCUGGUACCACCCGUCACGGCUCCCCGCCGGACCAAACCACCGAAGGAAUCCACCGUCCGGUAUCCCUCACCAGAACCGGCCAACCUCACACUUGCUUGUAACACACGUGACAUACAACUACGCCCGGCUAGCUCAAUCGGUAGAGCUCAAAAGGUCAAACCCACUGGGGAUCAAGGAGUGUCGUUCCUGAUCUGGGAUGGUCUUCCUUUUACUAUAGCAAAGUCAAAAGGUCAAACCCACUGGGGAUCGGAGAGUAUAUUAAACUAUUAUACUAUAUUUAAUUACAAGAGAAGUCCUUUUACUGCGGUUGAUGCUCAGAAGAUGUUACUGUGUCAUUAUACUGUGGUUAAUGCUCAGGAAGAUAUUACUGCGCAUAAAGAAGUACUGCGGUUAACUAUCUUCAGAUUUUACGGAUUCAUCAAAAUAAUGUCCGACACUUGUCGUUUCCGAUCUGGGUUGGUCUUCCAAUGCUAUAUCACAGCCAAAACUGGAAAUCACUUUGGUCAUCGUUCUCAAAAGAGAAUUCUGUGUAAUUGUCAUCCUGAUUGGCUGACAAGAAUUCAGGCACAACAUUUUGAUGAAUCUGUAAAAUCUGAAGAUGUAAAAGGAAGACUAACCCAGAUUGGGAACAACACUUUUGUCAAGUUGUCAAGUGUUGUGCCUGAAUUCUUGUCAGCCAAUCAGGAUGACGAUUACACAGAAUUCUUUUUCGAGAAUGAUGACUGA